AUUUCUUUCUUUUUCAAAUCCCCAGCACAGGAGAGGAGGGAGGGAGAGAGGUUUCCUGCCCGUGAGUUUCACGCAAUCCUAUAACACAAGCUUCCCCUUCCCUUCGUGGUCGCGUAAGAAAGAGCUACUAGUUGCGAUCUGCGGCGCAACUGUCGUGGUGCGAAACUUGAGAGGCGUUUUUUCCCUGUCGAGAGGUGCGUAGCGUUUCACGCCAUGGCUGAGACUACAGUUUUGAAGGUGGCCAUGAGCUGCCAGGGCUGCGUAGGUGCAGUGAAGAGAGCCAUAGGGAAGUUGGAAGGUGUGGAAAGCUACGACAUUGACAUCAAGGAGCAGAAGGUAACAGUCGUAGGUAGUGUUAAGCCAGAUGUUGUCCUAGACCGUGUUUCGAAGACUGGAAAGGCUACCUCGUUCUGGAGUGACGAGAGCGCUGCCAAAACCGACCCUGCGCCUGAAGAUGCAGUUGCAGAGCUGUAAAUCGGCGUUGUUAUUAAUGUGGGCUACAUGGUAAUUGAAUUCCUGGCAAUUAUCUGAAAUUACUGAAUGCUUUUUCCACGCA